GGCAGAGGCUUAAGCCACUGAGCCCCCUAGGUGCCCCAAGUUUACAAUAUUUUUUAAGUAUAAGAUUUGUGAAAUGCUGAAGUGUUUGUGCUGUUGAUUAAUGUAGGACAGUAUUACAGGUACAACUUUACCAAAAUGUUAGAUUGAAUAAAUAAAUUUCCUCAUACAUUGCCUGCAUUCUGUAUUUUCUAAGUCAGGGGCUUUUAGGUUUGGGGAUCAGGAACGGAAUUAAAUAACCCUAUGAAAAACUUGCUGGUUAAUUUAUAAGCUCAGUGAUUUUCAUUUCCUUGUCUGCGGGGUGCCUGGGUGGUGCAGUUGGUUUCAGACUAGAUCCUGAUCUCAGAGUCCUGGGAUCAAGCCCUGGGUCGGGUUCCAUGUUCAACAUGGGGUCUCCCUCUAUCCCUCCUGGUCCCGCUGUCUUUCUCUCUAAAAUAAAAUCUUAAAAAAAUAAACAAAAACCCUCAAAAAACAAAAAAAACAACUUGCUGGUUAACUUAUAAAUUGAGUGAUUUUCAUUCCUUGUCUGAAAAUAGCAAAGAAUAUUCAUAUUUUACUUCCUAGCGGUGGUAGCCAAAGCCUUCUCACACUUGCUCCAGGCAGAUAUGAGAGCCCCCCACUGCUCCGAGGGCCCAUGGCAUGCUCUUGUAGAGGGAGUCGGGUUGCAUGAGGGGUCUCCGGGAUUCAUGAUCAGGGUGUCUGGGACCGGUGGGUGAGACUGGAGUCUCUUGGCUUCUCUUUCCUUGCUCAGCUUUCCCUGCACAUUGCUUGUACUCUCUGUGACUGGAGCUCCAGAGGAGGCGAGGGGGUGGCGGAAUUCUUGAGAAUGCGACUGCAGGUGAGUAGAGAUGGGAUCUUUCUCUGGAAGGAAGCUCUGCUGCCCGUGGAUGGGAAGGCUUCUCUUGGCCUGAGUCUUCUCAGCGCAUGGGGCUGUGCUUGGGGAUCUGGGCUCUUUUUAACUGUUCUCAGGACCCAUGGAUACUUGCGUUUGGUCAGGGAUUGAUCAGGAAGUCCUCUACUUCGCAACAUUCACACAAAUGCAUCUCAUUCUCCGUUCACGGUGUCCUUGCAGAAGACAGAUGGGCAGGAUUUUCUUUUCUUAUCCAUUGUGUGGUCUUAGUUGGGAAAUUGUGUACUCCUUAGUGUUAGUCACGUGGUGCGGGGCACAGUCGGUGCUGGAGGGGACAGGUGUUCCCGCUGUUUUCCAGAGAAUGCAAGAAACCUCUGUGUAAGAGAAGAAAGAAGAAAUGAUUUUUUCCUUUCAAUUUUAAACUUACAAAGUUCGGUUAAUAUAUACUUGAAGUUUGGAAGCUCCCAAAGAUGACUAAAAUCCUCUCUACUACCCUUAUCUCUUUCACUCACUUUCCCUCUUUGUGAUUAAACUUUGUUAAAAUUGGAAAUCUGAGAACAGUGCUUAGGGAGUAGUUUUAAAAAAUUAGCUGUGCAUUUGGCAGAAUAUGUGUAGGAAUUAAAAUAAAAUUUAAAAUACUGAAGCACUUUUUGAAGGACCAAGAGAGGCCGGAACUAAUAGAGAGGAUUCUGUUGCCUUUGAACAGAAAACCAGGAUUAAUAGACAGACAACGGAUCUGAGGGUAGCUGCUGUUGAGAAUGGAGAGCUCGCUGCCAGAGGCGUCACUGUGGGGCCACCCUCCAGAAGAGCAGCCCCAGGAGCCCCUCACGAUACUGUCUGCUCUGAUCUCUUCUAAAGAUCAAGAGUCCGUGACCUUCAAAGAUGUAGCCAUAGACUUAACCCAGGAGGAAUGGACCCUGAUGGACAGGUCGCAGAGGAAGCUGUACAUUGAUGUGAUGCUGGAGAACAUCACUCAUCUGGUGUCCGUGGGCUGUCAGUUCUUCCAGGCAGAUGUGAUUUCCCAGUGGGAGCAAGGCGGGGAGUUGUGGAGGGAAGACAGAGGACUUGCCCAAGGCUGGAAUCCAGGCUUAGAAAACAGCUAUAAAAAGGAAGAAACAAUAUCUAUGCAAGAUAUCUUCAAGGAGGACCCAUCUGACUGCGGCAUAAUACCAAAAUAUCACCCAGGAGAAAACCCCUUUGAACAUAUUGGGUAUGAUGAAGUUUUCAGUCAGACCUACACAUUGACUCAACAUGUCUUAACUCACACUGGACCGAGACCCUAUAAAUGGAGCGAAUGUGGAAAACAUUUCAAUCAUAGAAGCGACCUUUAUAGACACCAGAAAACUUUCAUGGAAGCAAAACCUUAUAAAUGUAAUCAGUGUGAUAAAUGCUUCCAUAAUAGAAGGAAGCUUUGUAUACACCAGAGAAUUCACACGGGAGAGAAACCCUAUAAAUGUGAUGAGUGUGGGAAAAACUUCAGUCGAAACUCACAUCUUCGUUCCCAUAAGAUAACUCACACAGGAGAGAAUCCAUUUGUCUGUAAUCAGUGUGGGAGUCACUUCAGAUAUUUUUCAUCUUUAACUAGACAUAAGCAUAUUCAUUCUGGACAGAAGCCUUAUGAAUGUCAUCUGUGUGGGAAAGCCUUUGUUCAAAGUUCUUAUCUUAAACAACACGAGAGAACUCACACUGGAGAGAAACCAUAUAAAUGUCUUCUAUGUGGAAAAGCCUUUGUUACAAGCUCUAAUCUUAGAGAACAUGAGAGAACUCACACUGGAGAGAAACCGUAUAAAUGUCAUCUAUGUGGAAAAGCCUUUGUUCAAAGCUCUUGUUUUAGACAACAUGAGAGAACUCACACUGGAGAGAAACCGUAUAAAUGUCGUCUUUGUGGAAAAGCAUUUAUUACAAGCUCUUGUCUUAAAAAACAUGAGAGAACCCACACUGGAGAGAAACCAUAUAAAUGUCUUCUUUGUGGAAAAGCCUUUGUUACAAGUUCUAAUCUUAGAGAACACGAGAGAACUCACACUGGAGAGAAACCAUAUAAAUGUCCUCUAUGUGAAAAAGCCUUUGUUACAAGCUCUAAUCUUAGAGAACAUGAGAGAACUCAUACUGGAGAGAAACCUUAUAAAUGUCAUCUAUGUGGAAAAGCCUUUGUUACGAGUUCUUGUCUUCGAGAACAUGAGAGAACUCACACUGGAGAGAAACCAUAUAAGUGUCCUCUUUGUGGGAAGGGGUUUGUUACAAGCUCUUGUCUUAGAAAACACGAGAGAACCCACACUGGAGAGAAACCAUAUAAAUGUCCUCUGUGUGGGAAAGCCUUUGUUACAAGCUCUAAUCUUAGAGAACAUGAGAGAACUCAUAGUGGAGAGAGCCCAUAUAAAUGUCCUUUAUGUGGAAAAGCCUUUGUUGAAAGUUCUAAAGAACUUGAGAGAACUCAUCCUGGAGAGAACCCAUAUAAAUGUCCUCUGUGUGGAAAAGCCUUUGUUACAAGCUCUUGCCUUUGAAGACAGGAGAGAACUCUUUAUAUGUACUGAAAAAUAUGGAAGAGCCUUCAGCCACAGCUCUAAUCUAAAACAAAUCUGAGAACUCAUAAGUGGGGGAAAUUUAUGGCCAUAUUCAUUAUGGAAAUGCCUUCAUUUUAGAUUUAUCCUUACACAACAUGAGUGAACUCCAUUUGGAGAAACCCUGAAUUUAACAUCAAGGAGGAAGAGACAUUAGCUGAUCUGUGGUUGUAGGGUGCACAAGAAAAUUCAGUCUGAAUGAUAAUCUAAUCUCCCUAGAAUGGGAAAUUACACGGGAAAAUCUUUACAGAAGGAGGUUGCUCAAGGAGAAUAACAGAAAAAUUGAUGCUGGGGAGCUUACUCAUUGUAAUAUGCAUGAAAAAAAAAAAACCUUUACUAGUAGAAAUCUAUUGUAGGCAUGUGAAGUUUCACACUCUGUAGAAUAGUGAAUGAAUGGAAGUCUUCAGUGAUUUUUAAUUCCUUAGUCAACUUGCAAUUUCUCACACUGUAUAUAUGCCAUUGCUAAAAUCCAAUGAAAGUUUAGAGUUUGCAUCAGAAAUCCCUGACUAGGAAAAACAUCUAUCAAGAAUGUCUAACCACACAGUUUAGACAUUAAUUUAUAUUUUUUGCUUAAUGGCCUAUUAUAAAAAUGUAAGAAACAUAUGUAGGAUUGUGACAUCAUCUGGGAAUUCUAAAUGCAGAAUUUUAUGACAAGAAGCAAUGAUAUUUUUUUUUUUUCCCCUUAAGGGACUAGUACAUAGAACUGCAUAUGAAGCGAAGUUGUUGCUAAAAAGUACAUUAAGUUGGUCAGGCCUAUUUUUUCACAGCAAUAAUUACUGGGUUCAGCUAGAAAGUAACUAAAUAUUAACCAAAAAACAACACAAGAUGAUGUGUCAUUACUACAUAUUGUUAACCGUGUAUGUAGAUCAUAAUGAUGAAUUAAAGAGUGAUAGUUUGUGACUGA